AAUAUGGCUGCGCCCAUGUGAGAAGACGUGAAGUCAGUGAACACACUGAUAUCAAACGUGUUUAUCAAAUAUUCAGUAUUUAUUUUAAAUUAUUUAACAAUUUUGUUAAUUAGAAUGAGUAAUAGGAAGCGAACAGCAUUCACUCUAAAGUGUAAAGCCAAAGAAGCCCCCGCAUUAAAGAAAUAUCGAGGUGAUGUGCUGAGUUUCGCGAAGGCUGUCGAUGAUAUGGAUAAACACCGAUCUUUGAUAAAAACAGACAUAUUGUACUCAAGAAAACAAAGGAGGAAAGACGAAAGAAAACUUAAAAAAGCUCGAAAACAUGCAUAUCGAUGUGGGAGAGAGCUUCCAAAUAUGCAGACAUGGACUAAAUCUAAGGAAGAUGCUAUUAAAACAGACACAAAGAAGAAAUCACUUCAAAAACUCAAAGAAAAGAAAAAGAAACAGAAAGCUAGAAUGAAAGAAAUGAAGAAGAUGAAAGAAAAAGAGGAAAUAGACAACAGAAAGCAGCAGCUGAUGGAAGACAAUAAGAAGGAGGACAGAAUGUUAAAACAGCUGGAGAAGAACCUUCAUCUCAACAAAAGGAAGAGCAAAAAUCUGCCUCAGGCCUUUGUCAACGAUGGACUAGAUUUUUUACUGGAUGCCCUGGACAAAUCUCCUGAAGAUAUGGAGGAGGACGACGAUUAUUCAGAUGAAGAAGAACAUGGAAAAAGAAAAGUAGUCAAUGAUGAAGAAGAUUCAGAGCAGGAAAUGGAUGAUGAUUUGGAGGAAGAGGGAGAAGAAUAUGAAGGUGAGAGUGAUGAAGAUGAUGAAGAAGAAGAUUUUGACUUCAGUGAUGAAGAUGAGGAAUCAGAUUCUGAUGAUCAUCAUCCAGCAGUUGAUAUUAUAUCAGAAAAAGCAGCCAAUGUCAAAUCUAUUCUUAAAUCUACCAGUGAUGAUAGGCAGCAGAAACAGGUGAAAUUCAAAACAGUGACAGAAGAAAAUACAGUUAGAAAAGACAAAAAGAAUAAGGAAUCAAAUAAAGCAAAGAAAAAAGAUGUGACAUUUGAUGAUGAUGUUGAUAGCAAUGAUGAAGAAAUGGAGGAAAAGGAUGAAAUUGAAGAAGAAGGAGAAAAAUCUGAUGAAAGUAGUGAUGAAAGUAUUGAGGACACUGAAAUUACUGAAGACAUCUAUGGGAGGUUAAGAGACAAAGAGGGAAACAUUGUUAAGAGCUCUGACCAGACAGGGAAGUAUGUUCCCCCAGGGAAGAGGAUACAGAUCAGUGAUGAGAAGAAGAAAUUCCAGCUGGAGAGAUUACAGAAGCAGCUCAAGGGACUUGUUAAUAGGGCCAGUGAAGCAAACAUGUCACAGAUCUGUUCUCAGAUAGAGGCUGUUUACCGUAGCAACAGUAGGGCAGAGGUCACCGAGGCUCUGUCUGCCAUUGUGAUUGGUGCUUGUGUUUCUGUUACCAUGACACCAGAAAGACUUGCCAUGGAAAUGAUGUUGCUCAUCACAAUUCUCCAUGGCAACAUUGGGACAGAAGUGGAGGAGAGAAAGGAAGUAAAGAAAAAGAUGCUGCAGACCAAGUCCCCACGACUGCGUGAGAGGCAAGAGGAGCUGUAUGGUGAGGUCAACAAGAGAGUUAAGAAGCUUGCACGACGUGACAAGAGAGAAGCCAUGGACCAACUUGCAGCUGAGGCAGAGAAAGCAGCAUUACGGGGAGAGCAAGGGAGAGUAUAUAAUAUCACGAAACGAGUGUGUGGCAAAUUUAUAGGAAACACAGGAGGACCUAUCAAAGACAAACAUGGAACACUGCUGACAUCAGAAAAAGAUCAAAAAGAGAGAUGGGUUGAACACUUCCGCGAAGUUCUUAAUCGACCAUCACCUGAUGAAGCUGUUGUCGUACCAGAAGCCACAGAGGAUCUGGACAUCGACACUGACCCACCAACUAAGGAGGAGAUAAUGAAUGCAGUCAAGACUCUUAAGAACGGGAAGUUACCAGGACGUGACAAUCUUGAUGCAGAGCUAUUUAAAGCAGAUCCUGGAAUAGCAGCCACCAUCCUCCAACCACUGUUCACAGCUGUGUGGGAUGGAGAGAAAGUACCUGAUGAUUGGUGUAAAGGGGUGAUUGUCAAGAUCCCAAAGAAAGGAGCCCUGAGUGAUUGUAACAACUGGAGGGGAAUCACUCUAUUGUCUGUGCCAAGUAAGAUCCUGGCCAAAAUAAUCAUCAAAAGAAUGUCAGAUGCCGUUGAUGCUGUAUUGAGGAAAGAGCAAGCAGGAUUUAGGAAACAUAGAGGAUGUACUGAUCAGAUCUUCACACUCCGCAACAUCAUAGAGCAGUGA